UUUAUGAAUUGAUGGGAUGAAAUAAGGGUGGGUUGGGUUGUUUAGAAGAGAAGAGAAGGGAAGGGGCAUAAUGAAAAUGGGCCGAGCUGAACAUUGUAGUCGAAAGACAGCACGCAAAUGUUUGAAUAGUAAUAUAUAUUAAACCCUGCUCCUGAAGUGAAGCGAGAAGAAAAGCCUCCCAGUAGUGGAGGAGACAGUGGAGAGACUCUGCAAAAUUGCUGCCUUUUUCUCUUGCUGGCCUGCUGCUCCUAUUACUACUAUCACACUCCUCUCCCGAUUUCUCCCUUCAAUUUCAUGUAAAUUAAAUUACCCUUUCCACUCCUCCUUCAAACCCCGCUUUUCUCCGUGGCUGGUUUUCUCAUGGAGAGCUCUGAUGAUGAAAAGGAUGGAAUCUAUGGAAAUUUUGUGCCGAAAGAACUGGGCCAUAAUUUUGCAUUGAAUGGUACAAAGUUUGUAGAUGAGGUCCUUAAUGGACAGAGUGAGCGGUGUUUGGAAAAUUUUCGCAUGGAUAAGCCAGUGUUUUACAAAUUAUGUGAUAUUCUGCAAGGCAAAGGCUUACUUCGGCAUACAAAUCGUAUCAAGAUUGAGGAGCAAUUAGCUAUUUUCUUGUUCAUAAUUGGCCAUAACCUACGGACUCGGGCUGUUCAGGAGUUAUUUAGAUACUCCGGUGAAACCAUCAGUCGCCAUUUCAAUAAUGUUCUGAAUGCAAUUAUGGCAAUUUCAUUAGAAUUCUUUCAGCCUCCAGGAUCUGAUGUUCCUCCAGAAAUCUCGCAGGAUCCUCGAUUUUAUCCAUAUUUUAAGGACUGUGUUGGAGCAGUUGAUGGCAUACACGUUCCAGUGAUGGUUGGUGUAGAUGAGCAAGGACCUUUCCGAAAUAAGAAUGGUUUACUUUCUCAAAAUGUUCUGGCAGCUUGUUCAUUUGAUCUUAAAUUCCAUUAUGUUCUAGCUGGCUGGGAAGGUUCAGCAUCAGAUUUGAGAGUUCUAAAUUCAGCACUUACUAGGCGCAAUAAGUUGCAAGUCCCUGAAGGAAGAUACUACCUUGUGGAUAACAAGUAUGCAAAUAUGCCAGGCUUUAUUGCCCCGUAUCUUGGUGUCUCUUAUAACUCAAAUGAAUUUCCCAGUGGUUAUCAUCGCCAAGAUGCCAAGGAGCUAUUUAAUCAACGACACUUCUUGCUGCGAAAUGCUACUGAUCGUAUUUUUGGGGCCUUGAAGGAAAGGUUCCCUAUUUUGAUGUCGGCUCCUCCCUACCCAUUGCAAACACAAGUGAAAUUGGUAGUAGCCGCAUGUGCAUUGCAUAAUUACAUCCGUAGGGAGAAACCAGAUGACAUGCUUUUUAAAAUGUAUGAACCACAGACUGCCUUACAGAUACAAGAAUCAUUGGCUCCACAAGAGGUGGAACAAGCAAUAAUGCCUGUUGAUACCCAUGAUCUGGAAGUUGCAUUUGAAGCAGAGCAACCAGAACUUAAUUCACAGUUAAGGGAUUCAAUUGCGACCGAAAUGUGGGAAGACUAUAUCCGUGAUUUAGCAGUCGUGUAGAUUGAUUGAUUCAUUGUGGCUUUAGAGUUAGGCUAGGCCUGAAACAUUUUCUUAACAAUGACCGACCAUAUAGGAUAAUUUUUUUUCCCCUUUUGGAUGUACAUUGGCCCUUGGUUUAUACACAAGAAAGCAGUCAUACUAUCUUUUGAUGAUGUCUACAUUGUUGGGUAAUACUUAAAAACUAUGGGUGUACAGUGAUUGUGACACAGUUCUUAAGAGCUGAUUAAUGUUUGUCUUUGAUGGGUGAUGCAUUGAAAGUCGGCAUCAGAUCACAUCUGAAUUUUUUAGGUAUGAUUCUAUGUAUCACCAAACCAUAUUUUCUCCCUCUUGCUUGGAAUGAGAACGUUUAUCACCUUCCCGAAA